UGGGUGGAGGCUCUUAGCUCAAUUUAUACUGAGCACGCUUAAAUAUGAGUGGGUGAUAUUUUUGAAGUUAUAUAUGUUUAUAUUAAAUAAAAUAACCUUCUCUUUCUCACCCCCCUUUUAUUUAAUUUCAAGCACCCACCAGUUUGAGAGAUUUCUUUCCGUUUGUUUUCUUUAAACCAGAAAAAGGAAUUGAUGAAACUAGUUAAUGCCGUGUUAUAAGUAGUACUAACACAUACACAUACAUAUGAAUAAAUAAAUUUGGACAAAGGGUAGUCUUGUCCACCUAUCUGCUGUGCAACAUGAAUCAAUUAAAGGCGUGGCAGCCUGUAAGAAACAAGGCAUUUAAUUAGUGCAGUUAUUAAAGCACUCAGACAUAGACAAGACCAAGAAGAAGAAGAAGAGGAAGGCGACGAAGGCUCAAGAACAAGAAUCUUUAAUGGAGAGGUCACCGACUCCACCACAAGAAGAAGAACACGAAGUGAAGGUUUUAGAGUCGCCGCCGGAGAAAGCGAUUUUCUAUAUUCACCACCCAAGCCGUUUCCUUCUAAAGUUUCUCAAGCCUCUCUUGAAGUGUCUAGGGUUUGACGAGAUCUCGGUUCGUUACAACGACGAUCCAAAGAGCCUCAAUCGUCUCUCAUGCGGUGCAGUUUACCCCAACGGAUGCAACAAUCAUGCAGCAGCAGGGGACCAAGACUACGCCGUUCCUUCUUCCCCUCCACAAGCUUCAGAUCCAUCUGCUCCGCCAACAGACCAGCCAAAUGGCACAAUUAUACUACUAGUAAGUUUCCGUUCUGGAAGGCCAGGACCAACUCCAGGACCAGGUCCUCAAACUAAUUAGUUGGAUUUCUCUAAACCAUCAAACGGUUAGCUUGACCUGUUUCCUUAAUUGUGCUUUCAUUUUUCUUUCCAGUGAGAUGUUUUCCUUUAGUUUUUGGGCUAUAAUUUAUGUGUGAUGGUUAAUUUCUCAGAGGAUCUUGUUGAUUUAGAAACAUCAAAAAUAGGAAAGAUGCUAUAUGAUAGAAAAGUUCGAUGUAAAUCCUUAUGUAACGUAAUAUGUGUGUAUGCAACCUUAGGCUUCUUUUCUCAGUUGCACAUUUGAAUAGAGUCAAGAAUGAGUGGUAUUAUUACCAAACAA